CUCCUUUUUUUCACAUUAAACCUCAUAUUCAUAUUAUACACAGAAACACCCUCACUUCUAAAUAUCUUCUUCUCUUCUCACCUUUUUACUAAUUCCCAGUUUUUUUUUCCAUUUCUGUCUUAAGUCUCACCAUCUCUUACAAAGUAACUCAAUCCUUGCAAUUAGCUGUAACAGAUCUGUUUAGAGCUGAAGCUUUCUUCAUAAGAAGCAGUGAAUUGCAGAUCUGUUAGUCUGGUUUUGGAUUUUUAAGUUGUGGGCUAUUAUCUUGACUUCAAUCAGUGAAGAGCAAGGAGAAGAAAAAGAGGGAAAAAUAAAAAUCAAAACAUACCCUUUUUUGCGUGUGAUAUAUUUAUUGUGUAAGAAGUCGACACCUGUAAACAACUUACAUUGUUUCAAAGGUGUGGCUGCCAUUUUUCAGGUUUUUUUUGCUUUUGAAAGCACUGCAGCUGCAAAAAGCUUAAAGGAGAGAGAUAGAAAGAUAGAGAGAGAGCCUGACUUGGACUGUGAUAUAUCAAAGGCUUUUAUCACUACAUAAUCCAAAGUACCCCUCUGUGUAAUGGUCAUCAAUGCAUAGAACAUUUCAACCCCACUUUCAUUAAUUUCUCCCUUCACACCAUCACCACUGUUUCCUCUUUCUCUUUCUAACAUUAAUCCAAAAUCCCCAGAUUUUCUUGUUCUUUGAAAAAAAAGGGGCAAAAAGGGGGAGGGGGGGGGGGAGGUUUUUGAGUUGUUUGGUUUUGUGAGAAAGUAAUGAAAGUGGUAUGGAGGUGGAUGAGAUUCAGACACAAACCUGUAAGUUCUCAACAGUUGGUAAUGGAAGGAAUGAGACAAGCAAGAUAGGUCAAAAAGGUAGUGACAGCAACUUCCCUGAUGAUGAGGAAGAUGGAGAACUCAUCAAAAGGGCUGCUGCUACUGCUGUUGCAAAUGGUGGUGUAGCUGACACCAUUGGUACUAAUUCUCUUAGAGGUUGGCAUAACUCUUCGAGGAUUAUUAGGGUUUCUCGAGCCUCCGGUGGGAAAGAUCGGCACAGCAAGGUAUGGACUUCGAAAGGGUUGAGGGACCGGCGAGUAAGGUUAUCUGUCACUACAGCUAUACAGUUUUAUGACCUCCAAGAUCGGUUGGGGUAUGAUCAGCCUAGUAAAGCUGUUGAGUGGCUAAUUAAAGCAGCUUCUGAUGCUAUUGCUGAACUUCCUUCACUUAACACUUCAUUCCCUGAUACACCAAAGCAACUGAGUGAUGAGAAAAGAGGGAGUGGGGGAAUAGAACAAGGGUUUGACUCAGCUGAAGUUGAGUUAGAUGGUGAUCCAAGCAAUUACCAACAACACCUUUCCUUGUCCAAAUCAGCUUCCAGUAGCACGUCUGAGACUCGUAAGAACUCGAGUUUAUCACUUUCAAGGUCUGGGACCCGUGUGAACCGUGUAAAAGCUCGGGAACGAGCUAGGGAAAGAACAGCAAAAGAAAAGGAGGGUCAUCAACAACAAAAUGUGAGCCCCAUUUCUCAAAACUCCUCCUUUACUGAGUUGCUUACUAGUGGUAUUGGAAAUGUUAGCAACAAUAAUACUAGUCCUUCAGCAUCAGCUUCAGCUUCAGCACAUCAAGACCCUAGUGCGGAGUCUGAUUUUUACCAAAAGGCUAAUAGUACUGCUAGGCUCUGGCCAGUGACUCCAAUGGAUUACUUUGCCUCGGGGCUACUUGGACCAUCUUCUUCAAGAGGUCAUCAUUCUUCAGGGUUUCCUGGAGGACAAAUCCAUCUAGUGAACUCUUUGCAACAACCAAUGACAACACCACCAUUCACCGUGUCAGGUGAAAACCAUCAAGAGAUGCAGCAUUUCUCGUUUGUUCCAAACCCUGACCAUCUCAUCCCGGUGGCAACAACACAACCGGGGCAAGGGGUUGACUACAACCUCAAUUUCACAAUCUCUUCCGGCCUUGCUGGUUUCAAUAGGGGGACCCUUCAGUCCAAUUCUCCUUUUUUGCCUCCUCACCUCCAGAGGUUUUCUUCUAUAGAUGGAUCAUCACCCUUAUACAUUGGUACACCACCAGUGGAGAAUCAUCACCACCAUCAAUUCACGGCUGGAUUAGAUGGCCGCUUGCAGCUCUGCUAUGGGGAUGGAAACAGGAGCUCAGACCAGAAAGGAAAAGGCAAGAACUAAUCAGUUUCCUUUAAAAAUGGUUUCCACCUGGCUCCAUCUUUUCCCUGGAAAGCAGAGAUGGAGAGAGCUGCAGUGGGAAAGCAUUGAGUGAAUGUGCAUGCAUUUGGGUGAUUAUUUGAUAUACCUUUAUUUCUGUGCUUCUGAAAAUUGUUGGUAUUUUCUGUUUUAUCCUUUUCUGAAGUCAAAUCAUUAUGUGUUUCCAACAUGUAUAACAAAACAAUUCAAUUCAAGUUAUUCCUUCCUUUUC